AUGAUGGUCCUCUAUGUCAACCACACCCACAAACGUGCGUGGUGCGCUGCCGAUGAAAUGCCGGAUCUUUUCGUGAAAGGUGAAAUCCAUGAGAAAAAGGUCAUACUGAGCGUCUGGUGGGGAGUUCAUGGAACCUACCGUUUCGAACUGCUGCCGAGGUCUACUGCGCCCAAUUGCAAAGACUGGCUGACAAGAUCCGCAAGGAGCACCCGAAGCUCGACAACAUUCGCCUGCUGCACGAUAACGCGCGUCCUCACAUCGCGGAGAAGACUUCCCAGAAAAUUCUGGAGCUCGGAUGGGAAGUUCUACGCGCCCCACUGCCCAGACCUGGCCCCGAGCGACAACCACCUCUUCCGAUCGCUUCAGCAUCAUCUGGAAGAGAAGCGCUACGAUGAUCGUGACCACCUCGAAAAUGACCUUCGGAGUUUCUUCGCCUCCAAGUCGCCGGAUUUCCACGCCAAAGGAAUCCGUGAUUUUUUGAGACGUUGGCAGAAGCUUUUCGAUGUUGAUGGAGAUUAUUUCGUCGAAUAA